CUCCUUCUAAGUUCUAACCCCUCUCUCCUCUCUUUUCUCUUUCCCUUUUGCUUGUCCCCUAAACCAUUCCAAAGCUUCCAAGAAGCCGAAAGAGUCCAAGAAAUAGGAAAGAGAAAAACCACGAUCCGAAAUGUAGACCAGGCCCUUCUCCUCUUUUUGCCGUCCAUGGAGGUCCAAAAAUGGCGACAGAUGGUGAUUUCUAGGGCUUGCUGCGGUAGAAUGUGGUAAAGGCGAAGCUUUUCUGUCGUUUCUUUUGCUUUCUCGAAUUUUUGGCCCAGAAAAGGGCAACAUUGGAUGAAGGUUCAAGUUUGAUUGGGCUGAGAGGAGUUCUGCUCGCUUCUUGCAAGGGUUUGGAGUUGUUCUUUUUUUCCCCCCCCCCCCGUUUUGCUUGGGAGCCAAUGAAGCUUUUGUAGAUCUUUUUGUUUUAUUUCCCCUUCCGGCGAGAAUGGCGGAAGGGGUAGGAGCGAAGGUUCGAGUGGUGCGUUGCCCUAAGUGCGAUAAGCUUCUUCCGGAGCUCCCCGAUUUCACGGUCUAUAGAUGCGGUGGUUGCAGUGCUACCCUGCAAGCAAAGAAACGAAAUCCAUCGACAGAUUAUUCGUUAGAAAGAUCGGAUGGAGGAGAUGUGAAAUGUUUUGAUAAUUCAGAGAGCUGUUCGGAGAAGAAAGGUGUUAAUCCCGACUCUGGUUCUGAGACUGAUCGAGAGAGCAUAGAGGUUGGGUUUAGAAGAGAAGAAAAGAUGCUUCUCCAUUCGGGAGCAAAUUCUAUUAAUAGCUCUGCGUCCAUGACUGAAAACAGGGAUGUUUCACAGAAACCCAACGCCUCAAGUUUACAUGGUCUUCUACCCUCAGGAAGUGGGAUAAGGGACAGGUACAGUAUAUGGUGUCGCUCCUCUAGAGCUCAGGUCACUGACCGUAAUUCCAAUGCAGAUGAACUGGUUAAAGAAAAGCUGGAAGUUCAGUCUACCGAUCUGCAUCGCAGAACUCAACAAACCCAAGUAUCUAUGGGUGAAGAGAGGUGCAGAGCUUCCAUCAUUUGUGGGCUGCCAAGGGAUCAGAUGAAUGGUGUUCCAAUUGCUCCUUAUGCUGAUGAAGGUCCAUCUAGCCAGCAAAUGAAGCUUACUCAUGGAUAUGGUAAUGGUGGCCCAACCAUGAAGCAGAAGAGGGAACGGGCCGACAAAGCUGAGUAUCUCGAGCAAGAUCCUGCACAGCUUCUGAGAAAGCUUGAUGAAUUAAGAGAUCAGCUUCGUCGGUCUUGCGAGGUUGUGGACAGACCAAAAGAUAGGAUACCAAAGAACAGAAGGGAAGCCUCUUCUUCAUAUAAUCAUCAAGGCCAUGGUACUUGGUUUCCUGAGGGCUUAUCAUCAUUGAAUCGAGACUCUAGCCUGCAUCCUUGUAUACCCAAUGGAUACAGUACGGGGCUGCCGAACUUUUAUCCUGGAUAUGGAGAACCAUUUGUGUCACAAGCACUUGGGAGGACUUCUUACCACUGCCAUGUUCAGUACCCAGAGAGACCAAUGUGCAACUGCCCCUGUGGACAUCUUGAUCUAGAUCCUGUAAUCUCUUAUCAUCAUGAAGGGUUUUACCCUCAACCUGCCUGCUCCUGUGUGCACUGCUACAACAAACACCAGGUGCUGCCUGCACAGGCUCCUCCUGCCUUUAUCAGUAAUAAGAGGGUUCCUUAUCUUGAAAACAAUCAUGGGUUUUACCAUGUGGAUGGUCCAUCUGUGUCUGGUUCACGAAGUUACAAUCAAACAUAUGGCAGUUCAUCUUUGUAUUCUCAUGAGCAACAGUCACAACAAAGUGCUGCAUUUCCUGGGAAGACAGAUAGUCGUCCUUGUCAACCCAAAGCUGGUGCUGCUCCUUUCGUAGUUUGCUGUAAUUGUUUUGAAUUGCUGCUGCUACCUCAAAAACUUAAGCUUACGGUAGAGAAAUGUUUUAAGUUGCGCUGUGGGUCAUGCUUUCAGGUAAUAUCAUUAGAACUUGAUGGGAAAAGACUUGUUACUUCUGCCCGUCCACCAGCCACGCCUGCAACUAAGAUCAGUAAUGGCUCUAAUGAUGGGUUGAAUGAGGAUUUUCUCCCUCAAAGCCAUGCCAAUAGACAUCCUGAUACUUCUUACUCAGAAGAUUAUGAUAGCCCAGGCUAUAACAUCCAAUCUAUGGUUGAGAACCUAGUUUCUCCUCCUACAUCAAGUCAUGAAAUGACUGGAAAAAAAUAUGACUUAAACUUUAGUCAUGCAGAUAAAAUGCAGGGGAUCUCCACAUCUUCCAGUAGGUCUGAGGAUGUGGAGAGUCCAGACAGUCAGAUGUGUCAGAGAGAUGCACCCAGCUCUGCAGAACUGCCCUUUGAGGAUGAAGUGACUUCAGAUGUUCCAGGUCUACCACUUCGUGAGCAUUUGGCGCACCCAUUAUCUAAUCAAGUAACAUAUGGCUCUGGAAAGGGAAGCACUAGUAGACGCUAUAAUCAGAAAAAGAUUGCAUCUUUUAAUGGAAAUUUUCAGCAAAACUCUGAAAAAGACGUACAAGCAGCAACUGAGAUUGAUUUGUCAGUUGAUGAGUACUCCAAUCCUGAUUUCUCUCAAGAUUCUUGGGAAGUAAGAAGAGAUGAAGAUCAACAUAGGAUUGGCAAGGAUGAUGAUUCAUUCUUUGCUGGCCUUAUGAAGAAGACCUUCAAGGAUAUCUCUCUAUUUAAUCAGUCAGGGAAGGAUGAUAGAUCAAAAGUUUCAAUUAAUGGCCACCCUAUUUCUGAUCAUUUGGUUAAGAAGGCUGAAAAGCUAGCUGGACCAGUGUAUCCUGGAAAAUAUUGGUAUGAUUACCGUGCUGGAUUUUGGGGUGUCAUGGGACAUCCAUGCCUUGGCAUAAUUCCUCCAUUCAUUGAAGAAUUCAAUUAUCCUAUGCCCCAAAAUUGUGCUGGUGGGAAUACUGGAGUUAUUGUAAAUGGGAGAGAGCUUCAUCAGAGAGAUUUGGAUUUGCUGGUUAGCAGAGGACUUUCGCCUAAUGCUGAUCAGUCUUAUAUUAUUGAGAUUUCAGGAAAGGUUUUCGAUGAAGCGUCGGGUGAGGAGCUUGAUAGUCUUGGCAGGCUUGCUCCAACAGUUGAGAAAAUGAAACAUGGAUUUGGUAUGCGGGUUCCAAGAGUGAUUGCUUAGCUGCUUGUCGGUGGCUUUGACUUAUUUGAACACCCCAUGAAGGUUCCAAUACAAGGGACAUACUUCAUGAAGCUGUUGAGUACUAGUGAUAGAGGUCUAGUGGUGCCACUUUCUCAUCUUCGAAGCCCGAUUGCCCUGCUAAAAUUAUUGCCUUCUUUUGUUCUUUUGUUGCGAUACCAUGAGGUCAGAAUAGCCGGCUUGCAAUUUAUAAAAGCGUGGUUCAUCAUUCAUUUGUUUUUCGUUUUGACUACAAUGAUGUGUUGUGGAAUCUAUCUUAUGCGAGGCUGGAUGGUUUCGCACUGAGACAUUGGUUUAUCAAAAUGGCUAUUAGCUGAGUGUGAGAUGCUUUCUACUUGAUACAGAAUUCUAUUUUUGUGGAGAAA